AUGCCUGCUCAGUUUGAAAGCGUUAACAAUCCUAUGAGCCGGGAGUCCGUGAUCAGAAAUGGAGUACCGUAUUCCGUCGAUAGCGACGUUGUCAUUACGGGCAUAUCAGGUCGUCUGCCCGAGUCGUCCAAUAUCGAAGAAUUUAAGGAGAAUCUGAUGAAAGAAAUAGACAUGGUCACUGAUGACGAGCGCCGUUGGUCAGCGGGCAUUCAUGGGCUACCGAUCAGAUCUGCCAAGAUUAAGGACCUCAGUAGCUUUGACGCCACUUUUUUUGGGAUACAUCCCAAACAGGCACAUCCAAUGGACCCACAGCUUCGCAUGCUGUUAGAAGUCACAUAUGAGGCGAUAGUUGACGCUGGCGUCAAUCCCUCGACCGUAAGAGGAUCGCGUACCGGUGUGUUCAUCGGUGUCUCUUUGUCGGAAACAGAUGAAUAUUGGAUGAAAGAUUUAGAAGCUAUAAACGGAUACGGAUUGCUCGGAUGUUCCAAAGCGAUGUUAGCCAACAGAGUCUCCUUCUCAUUUGAUUUUACUGGACCUAGUUACGCGAUAGACACGGCUUGUUCCUCGACCAUGUACAGCGUGCAUCAGGCAGUCAGUGCAAUGCGCGCCGGCGAGUGCGAUGCUGCAAUCGUCGGUGGAAUGAAUCUCGUAUUAAGACCGGCUGUCUCACUUCAAUUUCACAGACUGAAUAUGCUGUCUCAAGACGGCAAGUGCAAAGCAUUCGACGCUUCAGGUGACGGUUACGUGAGGGCCGAGGCGGUAGUGGCGAUAUACUUGCAGAAAGCGAAGGAUGCGCGCAGAGUGUACGCCACGGUGAUUCACACGAAAACAAAUACCGACGGAUACAAACCUCAGGGUAUCACGUAUCCAAAUGGUGAUAUGCAGAAUCAAUUGUUGCGCGAGAUUUACAACGAGGCAGGGAUUAACCCCGCGGAUGUGAGUUACGUGGAGGCUCAUGGUACCGGUACCAAAGUAGGUGAUCCAGAGGAGAUAAAUUCUAUCGAAAAACUGUUUUGCAAAGGGAGAAAGACUCCCUUACUAAUUGGAUCGAUCAAAUCCAACAUGGGUCACUCAGAACCAGCCAGUGGAUUAUGCUCAAUUGCCAAAGUAUUGAUCGCCAUGGAAACAGGCGUGAUACCCGCGAAUUUGCAUUUUAAUACACCAAAUCCGACUAUUCCUGCCUUAAUCGAGGGACGCAUUCGAGUGGUUGACAAGGCCACACCAUGGAACGGUGGUCUCGUGGGUAUCAAUUCGUUCGGCUUCGGCGGCGCAAACGCGCAUGUCAUUCUCCGCAGCAAUCCAAAACCAAAAUUAUCACCACUACUGAACGUAACCGAACUUUUGCCGAAAUUGGUUGCUGUGUCAGGUCGAACGGAAGAAGCUGUGCACACUUUAUUGGAUAAAGCAAAAGAACAUUGUAAAGACGACGAGUUUCUUUCACUGUUACACAUAAUGCACAAUAACGAUAUUCCCGGCCACCAAAUUCGUGGCUACGAAAUACUUGGCGUCGAUGGUAGUCGUGAAACAGCUGAAAUGGGUUACAAAGAGAGGCGGCCCAUUUGGUUCAUAUUUUCCGGCAUGGGUACGCAAUGGCCGGGCAUGGCUCGUCAAUUGUUUAGCAUUGAAACUUUUCAACGUAGUUUGCGACGAUGCGCGGAUGCAUUAGCGCCCCACAGCAUUGACCUAAUGAGUAUCAUCAUGAACGCCACGGACGAAACGUUUGAAAACGUAAUACAUUCUUUCGUCACUAUCGCCGCUAUGCAAGUCGCCAUCGUAGACAUUUUAACAUUGCUAGGUAUAUCACCGGAUGGUAUAAUUGGACACUCCGUUGGAGAAUUGGGCUGCGCUUAUGCUGACGGUGCGUUUACACCGGAGCAAACUGUUUUAGCGGCUUACUGUAGAGGCAAAGCAAUUAUGGACUCCAAGUUAGAACCAGGUGCUAUGGCAGCAGUUGGUUUGAGCUGGGAAGAAGCCAGAAAAAUGUGUCCGUCCGAUAUCACUCCAGCUUGUCACAACUCCGCGGACUCGGUCACUAUCUCUGGUCCAGUUGCGUCUGUGCAAAAAUUCAUAGAAACCCUAAAAAGCAAAGAUAUCUUUGCCAAGAUGGUAAAAAGUUCCGGUUUUGCCUUCCACAGUAAAUACAUUGCCUCGGCCGGACCUAAGUUACGUGCUUCGCUCGAUAAAAUCAUUCUAAAUCCGAAGCAGAGAUCGGCCAAAUGGAUUUCCAGUUCCAUACCUGAGGCUGCAUGGGGCAGUCCACUCGCGCAGUUUAGUUCGUCCGCGUAUCACGUAAACAAUUUACUGUCUCCUGUGCUCUUUCAGGAGGCAAUCGCGUACAUCCCAGAGAAUGCGAUAACAAUCGAGAUCGCACCACAUUGUUUGCUACAGGCCAUCUUACGCAGAUCGUUACCAUCAACGGUGACCAAUAUCAGUCUUCACAAACGAGAUCAUUCGGACAACUUGGCCUUCCUGUUGUCUAACGUGGGUAAGCUUUAUAUGGCUGGUGCGCAACCUGACAUCUUUAAGUUGUACCCACCAAUGAGUUUUCCGGUCGGUCGUGGGACACCUAUGAUCGGACCCCUAGUGAAGUGGGAUCAUUCCGCUACGUGGGAUGUGGCUACUUUCAACCAAACAUCAAACUCGGGAGAAUGUACCAUUAAAAUCGAUCUUUCGAAAGAAACAGACGCGUAUAUAGCGGGACACCAGAUAGACGGACGAGUUCUUUUCCCAGCCACUGGCUACAUUCUGUUAGUGUGGAAAACUUUGGCAAAACUGCGCGGCAUCGAUUUUGAGCGAUUACCGGUGGUGUUUGAGAACGUGCGAUUUCAGCGAGCCACUAUCAUGCCGAAGGAAGGAACAGUGAAAUUCUCAAUAACCAUUUUCGAGGGAACAGGCGAUUUUGAAAUCUGUGAGGCUGGCACAGUCGUCGUCAACGGAAAUGUUCGCGUGUCCAAGGCUAUCGAAAAAGAUCAACUCAACCUGCCGCCACUAUCGAUUUCGCCUAUCGAUAAGGAGAUUUUGCCAUUAAAUACCAAAGACAUUUAUAAGGAAUUGAAACUGCGUGGAUAUGAGUAUCGCGAUAUCUUCCAGGGAAUCAAAUCUUGCGAUAACUAUGGCAUUGCCGGUCAAUUGUAUUGGUUCAAUCAAUGGAUUCCGUAUAUAGAUACUAUGCUUCAAUUUAGCAUAUUGUCCACCAACAAUAAAUUAAUGUAUCUACCAACGCGUCUCCAAUAUGCUGCAAUCGACCCUGAACAUCAUAAACGACUGGUGGAAGAAUUACCAGAAGAUGGCGGAGUGCCGGUGUAUCAUUAUAAAAACAUCAAUGUCGUUAAAUCAGGUGGUAUCGAGCUCAGAGGAUUGAAAUCUUCCUUGGCGCCUCGACGCCAGCAGACUCAAGCCGAUCCUAAAUACGAACGGUACACUUUCGUGCCCUAUGAAAAUUCACACAGUCUGGUAGAAGAUCCAAUGAGAGGAAAAAUACAAGCGCUCACUGUCCUCUUGCAAAUCAUGUGUGAGAACAUAAUGGUAUUGAAAUUGAAGACCCUGGAAGUUGCGGGCGAACGAGCUGCGGAAAGUCUCUUGGCGCCGCUUAUAUUUAACAUUUUUAAUGAUGAACUGGGUUCACCUGUCAUUGAUUUACAAGUGAUCGCAAUUUCUGCCGACAAUUACACAGCGAGUUUGAAUCAAAUGAAUAUAAGCGCUGACAUUGUAACACGAGAUGUGAAGAACGAACCUCCCGCUAAGAAUGUGCAUCUCGUCAUAGCGGCUGAUGUUUUGUCCAAUCAAUCUUAUAUCGUUCUCAAAAACUUGGUAGCUGCCUUAAAACCUGGUUGUUUCAUUCUUUUGGAGGAGACUGCCACACAACUAGAUUUGAAGGCCGCGUUAAAAGAAACUGAUUUAACGUUAGUCGGAAAACAAACCGAUCCUGUAGGAAAAACUUACUUGUUACUGAAGAAGCAGGAAAAGAGGAAAGAACCGACGAUAAUACAAAUUACAGAGAAAAAUCUCUCGUGGUUGGAAGAUGUAAAAGCAGCACUGAAGAAAUCUGAUAGCGAAAGUCAGGAAGUGCUCCUUGUAUCUCAGGGCGAAGAAACGCUUGGCUUAGUCGGACUCAUGACUUGCACACGACGCGAGGUAGGCGGUGCAAAUGCGCGCUACGUCUUCAUCCAGGAUAAAAACGCUCCUAAGUUUGAUUUAUCCGUGCGGUUUUACGUAGAACAAUUAGAUAAAGGAUUGAUGGCCAAUGUGCUAAAAGAAGGACAAUGGGGCAGUUAUCGACAUUUGCCAUUAGAUCAACAGAGCAAUGUAUCUUCUCUGCAGGUGGAGCACGCCUAUGUAAACACACUGACGAGAGGAGAUCUCAGCAGCUUAAGAUGGAUCGAAGGCCCGUUAACUUACUAUCGACCUGAAAAUUUUCCCAAUAUGACACUUUGCAAUGUGUACUAUGCUCCAUUAAACUUUAGGGAUAUCAUGUUGGCGAGUGGCAAACUACCACCAGACGCCCUGCCACGGAAUAUGGCUACGGAAGAGUGUAUAUUGGGACUUGAAUUUUCGGGGAGAGAUGUUGAUGGUCGUCGCGUGAUGGGUAUAGUUGAAGCUAAAGGAUUGGCGACUACUGUGGUAGCGGAUCUUGAUUUUCUUUGGGAGGUACCCGACAAGUGGACCUUAGAACAGGCAGCAACGAUACCCGUCGCUUAUGCAACUAGUUACUAUGCUCUGUUUAUACGAGGUCAAUUGAAAGCGGGCGAAAGUGUGUUAAUCCAUGCUGGUACAGGCGGUGUCGGUCAAGCAGCGAUCGCCAUUGCUCUACAUGCUGGUUGUACCGUUUUUACUACUGUCGGCACGCCGGAAAAAAGAGAAUAUCUUAAGAAAGUCUUCCCCCAGUUGAACGAUAGACACAUCGGUAAUUCUCGAGAUACGAGUUUCGAACAGCUGAUACAUGUUGAGACGCAGGGGCAUGGAGUCGACGUCGUACUGAACUCACUAGCAGAGGAGAAAUUGCAAGCCGGCAUUCGAUGCCUCGCAUACGGAGGCCGUUUCCUUGAAAUCGGCAAGUAUGAUUUGUCGAAUGACAACCGCAUAGGAAUGUCAAUGUUUUUGAAGAAUACAUCUUUCCAUGGUAUACUAUUGGAUGCGUUAUUCGGAGAAGACAGUGUGGAAAAGAAGCAACUAAUAAAACUUGUUUCGGAGGGAAUCAAGAAUGGCGCGGUACGUCCGCUCCAAUCAACUGUCUUUUCAGAACAACAGCUCGAACAAGGAUUCAGAUUCAUGGCGGCGGGUAAACACAUCGGCAAAGUACUAUUGAAGAUUCGUGAUGAAGAACCGAAGAAGCGCGUAUUAUCAACGCCAAAGACAGUGGCUGCGAUUCCACGUACUUACAUAAAUCCGGAAAAAUCGUACAUCCUGGUCGGUGGUCUCGGUGGAUUUGGUCUAGAACUGGCUGAUUGGAUGAUCGCCCGCGGCGCCAAAUUCAUCGUUCUUGUAUCACGCUCAGGUAUUCGCACUGGUUACCAAGCAUUGUGCGUGCGUCGCUGGCGCGAACGCGGCGUAAAAGUCGUUAUCUUCACAAUGGAUGUUACAACAUUACCGGGUGCCGAACGCUUGAUUCAAGAAAGCAAUCGACUGGCUCCAAUAGGCGGUAUAUUCAAUCUAGCAGCUGUUCUACGUGAUGCUCUUAUCGAAAAUCUGGAAGAGGCCGAUUUCAAAACGGUCAUUUUGCCAAAAGUCGACGCUACAAGAAAUUUAGAUGUGAUAUCAAGGAAACUAUGUCCAUCGCUAGAUUACUUUGUGGUGUUUUCAUCCGUAUCAAGCGGUCGCGGAAAUAUAGGUCAAACUAAUUACGGUUUCGCUAAUUCGUCUAUGGAGAGAAUGAUGGAAGAGAGGCAAGCUAAUGGUUUACCCGGUCUCGCCAUUCAAUGGGGUGCCAUCGGAGACGUUGGCUUAAUUAUAGAAAUGAUGGGAGGUAACGACACCGAAGUAGGCGGUACUAUACCACAACACAUGUCGAGUUGUCUCACGACGAUGGAUAUAUUCCUACAACAACCGCACCCAGUGUUGGCUUCUUCAGUGUUAGCUGAAAAAUAUAAACUCGACGAUAGCAACAAGGCCGAUCUCGUCGCAACUGUUGCCAAUAUCUUGGGCAUUAAAGAUAUUAGUUCGAUUAAUCCCAUUAAUACCUUGGCCGACUUGGGUAUGGAUUCGCUAAUGGGCACAGAAAUUAAACAGACUCUCGAGAGGAAUUACGACAUCGUGUUAUCGGCUCAAGAGGUCCGUGCCUUAACCGUCGUCAAACUGCAAGAAUUAUCUUCGACAAGUAGUGAGACAGUGAAAGAACAGAAACCUCUCGUUGCGAAUGCGGCAACUGCUGAGAACUCAGAUGAGUCACUCAACAUGUUGCUGAUGCAAUGGCCUGAUAAUGAGGCACUGCCUAAAGAAGCUCUCGUUCGCUUGAAAACAAAGAACUCCAACGGACCGACGUUAUUCAUUGUUCACGGUAUCGAGGGUUUCGUUAAAUCUCUAGAAUAUGUAGCCAGCGAACUCGACAGACCAUUUUGGGGUCUACAGAGCGUUGUGCAGGCACCUCACGAAACGUUAUCGGAUUUGGCUGAGUUUUACGUAAAUGCCAUUAGAAAAGUUCAAAAAAAAGGACCAUACCACUUGGCAGCAUAUUCAUUUGGAACUUGCGUCGCAAUCGAGAUGACUUCGCAAUUGGAAACCGCUGGAGAAAAGGUGAUUCUGACUCUAAUUGAUGGUUCACCGAAAUUUGUGCAACAACAAUGUGCUAUGAUUGGCAAAAUGGACGAGUUGAAAAAUACUACUUCUGAUGGUUGUAUGAAAGCGCUGGCAUAUUUCAGUUUACAAUUUAACAAAAAACUCAAUUAUACUCAAGCGUAUAAUAUUCUGAAGCAGAGUAAAUCGGAUAUAGAGAUGUUUGACAAGAUGACAGAAAUGAUAGGCAAUACGUCGUUUGCACAAGAAGAUCUAAAAAUUGCCGGAUAUCUUUUAUUUAAAAAAUUAGCGGCUAGUGUAAUCUAUAAUCCAAAUAAAAAGAUCGAAGCACCAGUCACACUGAUUAAGGCUACAGAAACUUUCCUAAAUCUAAAAAAGGAUUAUGGUUUAUCAGAUAUUUGUAUUCAACCCGUAAGAAUAGAAGAGGUACCUGGAAAUCACAGAACGAUUUUGUUGGGAGAAAGUGCAAGGAAGAUUGCAAAUUUUUUGCGAGUGAAAGAGUAACUUGCAAAACAUUCGUAUUUUAGUUUUAUUCUAUUUGAACAUAAUUAUGAUACAACCAAUAUUUGUCAAUAAUAUAGAGAAAUUACAGAAAUAUUAUCUCUGUGUGUGUGUGUGUGUGUGUGUGUGUGUGUGUGUGUGUUUUUGUUUGUAAAAUGGUUCCCAAAAUGAGUAAAAAACUAUAUAUAUUGAUUAUUUAAUUUGUAUUUGUAGAGAAAGAUAUAACAUUACUAUUUAUUUAUAUUAAUAAUUAUACUCUGUAUAUAUUAAAAAACUUAAAAUUGACUUUUAUUACUUUCUUCCUUUUAAUGAAAAAAAUACAAUAGUUUUAAGAUACUUUAGUUUUAAACGAGCUGAUCUCGUUAGCGUUCUAUAUAAGUAAAUAAUAAUAUUAUCGUUCUAUAUAAGUAAAUAAAGUAUAUAAAUUUAUCAGGAUAAA